AGAUAUUUUUAUUAGCAGACAGCUUUUGUAAUGGGUGAUGAGAAUGAAGUCGAAUAUUUUAUAUUUCCUCAGAUUCCAGCUGAGGUACGUGAGGAUGAAUAUGAAAAAUACUUUAAAGAAAUAAAAGACCGAAUUUUGGCUCAAGUUUUUCCUAUAGUUUCCACAUAUAUUUGGCAAAAUGACUCUUUUCUAGUAGACGUCCCUAAAGAUAACGAUAAAGAUUAUUUUGCGGGAAACACAAAAUUCGGCGAUAACAUAGAAGAUGAAUGGCUUAUUGUUUACCUACUAUUUGAGCUUUCUCGUCAAAACGAAGGUUUAGUAGCCAAAGUAUGGGACAAUGAUGGGGAGUUUCUACUAAUCGAAGCAUCGAAUAAUCUUCCAGAGUGGCUUCAAUCAGAUGAUAAAGCCAAGAACAGAGUUUAUAUUUUUAAAGGAAAUUUACAUAUAAUUUCAAAAUCUGAAUAUCCUGUUGUCAAUUCACCUUCGGAAGGUGUUUUUAUUGUUCGACAAAAUCCUUUGAAAACACGAGCUUCCGAGGAGAUACAAAAAGAUAUCUUGCAUCGGAUACAGGCUUUUCCUAAAAAAAUUUCGACUUUAUUGCACACUUGUCAUUGUUAUGUUCCUGCAUUUCUAGGAAAGUUACUGGAUUAUAAACCUCAGUUAAUAUCUUCAAUUGUCGAUUCUUUUUGGAAUAGAGAUGCAAUUGAUAUGAAAAAAUGUGCAACACUCAAGUACUUUCGACCGGGCACACGUGUGAAAAGGGCUAUCAAAAUGAAUAAAUGCAUGUAUGCUCAGUUAUUGCAUCAAAAUUUCAGACCUGAUAAGCGAUCAGGAUGGGAUCUACCAGAUCCAUCAUCUAAAACUUAUAAAAGCUGCGACCUGGGUGUGAAACUGGCCUACGGAGCAGAGAUACUUUGUUCUAAAGCUAAAACAAGUAACACCACCAAAGUUAUGACUGUCACUGAAGGCGACAAGAGAUGGGAAAAAUUUAAAGAUUCUCUAAGAAAGUUUGGCUAUUUUAAAGAUGAAGAUACAAGUACUGAGACAAAGUUGAAUUUAGAAAGGCAGGCCCAAAAUUUUUAUCUGGAUAUGGUCAGGCAAGAGGAUAAUCAGAAUAGAAAUAACAUGGCUACUAUUGGAGAGGAGAUCAUUGGUUUAUAUGAUUGCUUAAACUUCGACAUCGAGUCUAUGAGAAAAGAGGAGACAAACAUCUUACCCGAGGAUGACGACACUUGGCUUAAUUUAACUCCAAAUAAACUCGAUGAAAUGCUAGCUGAAACAUCAGGGACAAAGAAAGCGGAAGAUUUCAAAAUAAACAAUUUACCAUUCGCACUCAAACAGUUUCUGGACAAAAAGGGUGACAUUGACGGUGCUGAAAUCCCAGAUGGAGACAUCGAUUUUCAACCUACAGAGUUUAUGAAAUCUCUAAAAGAUAUGGAUGCUAUAGGAAAGCAAGAUGAUAACUUUCUAAGUGAUUCAUCCAAUUCAAUGGAUGAGUACGGAGAGUUUUCAAGCGAAGAUGAAAUGGAAACACAGGCUGCAAAGUCCAAGAAAAAAAGUCAAACAAAAACCGAUAAACGUUUAGAAGAAAUAAUGGCAAUGAUGGAUGAAGAGCUAGCUCCAACGAAUGUUGGAAAAAGUUUUGUCAAAGUAGGCGAAGAAGAUGAAAUCACUGGUGGGCAAAAAGAAGGUAAAGAAAGCAAACGUUCAGAUAAUUUGCCAGAAGUCGAUAUUGAUCUAAAUGUUGUUAAAAACCUACUGGAGUCCUAUGUCAGCCAAGAUGGAGGAGCAGGUCCUACUUCCAAUAUUUUGGGCUCCAUGAACAUUAGAUUGCCAGAUCCUCAGAAAGAAUAA